AGCUGGCGAACAAAUAUCAGGAGAAAUGGUUAUUAAUUUUCCGCAGAUGUAGAAAGUAGGACUAGGGCUUCAUGAAAACCAGUAUCAUUCGGUCGGACAUGCUUAUAGCUACCUAAAUCUACGGUGUUUAUUUACAAUAUGCGCGAACAUUGUGUAAUUAGAUGGCUAGGUAAGGUGGGAUUGUAGUAUGUUGCAUGAAAUGUUACAUUUAUAAAGUUUCAAAAUUGGACAUCUAAAAUAAAAAAUGAUACAAUCGGAUCUAAGAAACCUAUCAAUAAGUCCCCAGGGAGUAGCCUAUUCAGGCGUACGUAUUGUAAUGGGCUAUGCACUUUGGACCGGAAACAUCGCUGACUUGACUGUGCUUACCGCGAGAAAGCAGGCACUGGACGUGAAAAUCUCUCCGACCAUGUCUGGACCACAGGGAAUGGAAGAUGCUGGUUAUGGUUUCAUGGACCCUGAGAUGAUGAUCUCAGACAUGGAUGACAUACUGUAUGAGCAAAUCAACCCAGCCAGUGUGAAGAUUGAGCCUUACCUGGAGACAGAAAAUGGGCCCUACAUUCAGAUCAUUGAGGAGCCGAAGCAGAGAGGUUUUCGCUUUCGGUACAAGUGCGAAGGCCCCUCUCACGGAGGUCUGCCUGGAGCUUCCAGCGAAAAGAACAAGAAGACGUACCCCACCGUGAAGGUGAAUAACCAUGCGGGCCAAGCCCGGAUAGAGGUGCAGCUGGUGACCCACACUGACCCCCCGCGUGUCCACGCGCACAGCCUGGUGGGCAAGCACUGCGACGAGAACGGGACCUGCGGCGUCGUAGUGGGCCCCAAGGACCUCACGGCACAGUUCAACAACCUGGGUGUUCUCCACGUCACCAAGAAAGGGGUGGUGGAGGUUCUGACGGAGAGACUGGGGAAGGAGAGACUGAAACGAGGCAGUAGCCAGCUCACUGACGCAGAGCAGAGGGAGGUGCUGAAGGAGGCGAAAGAGCUUGGGAAGUCGAUGGACCUGAACGUGGUGAGGUUAAAGUUCACCGCCUACCUGCAGGACAGCCACGGCGGGUACACCCUCUCCCUAAAGCCGGUCUUCUCCUGUCCCAUCUAUGACAGCAAGUCGCCCAACGCCUCAAACCUGAAGAUCACGCGCAUGGAUAAGACGUGCGGCUCGGUGCUCGGGGGUGAUGAGAUCUUCCUGCUCUGUGACAAGGUGCAGAAGGAUGAUAUUGAGAUUCGCUUCUAUGAGGGUGAGGAGGAAGAGGAUUGCUGGGAGGCCUUUGGAGAUUUCUCUCCCACUGACGUUCAUAAGCAGUACGCCAUCGUGUUUAAGACCCCCGGGUACCACAGAACGGAGAUCGAUCACUCCGUCACCGUCUUCCUGCAGCUCCGGCGGAAGAACGGGGGCGACUGCAGCGAACCCAAGCAGUUCACCUACGUGCCUCACGAUCGAGAUAAGGAGGAAGUUUUGCGCAAGAAGCAGAAGCCCCUCCCUCCCAUGUACGACCCCUGGCGGGGGCCACCUGGGGGCGCUAGUGGCCAGGGAAGAGGACCAGGAGGCAUGGGGGGAGGAGAUAACCCGGGCUUCCAUUUCAACCCGCCCAUGGAUGGAGGAAGUUACUUUGGGUCCUUAGGAAACGGGUUUGGAGGAGGCGGGCCUCAGAUGUCAGGAACGCCCCUACCUCAGGAGUCCCUGGCCAAUCAGCAGCAGGCCGAUGGCACGCCGCAGACGAGGUCACCGAUGCAGCACCCGUUUCUUCGAAUCGCCUCUGCGCUGCAGGCUCAGGCCCAUCAGGUGGCCCGGCAGACGGCCGCAGCUCUGCUCAGCUACUGCCGCACCGGGGACGUGCGCCUCCUGCUGGCCGUCCAGAGACGCCUGUGCCCCGCCCGGGACGAGAACGGAGACACGCCUCUGCAUCUGGCUGUAAUCCACCAGCAGCCGGCAGUGGUGGAGCAGGUGGUCCACACCAUCAUCCGCUUCCCCGAGCAGAGGGUCCUGGACACCCGCAACCACCUGGGCCAGACUCCUCUGCACUUGGCAGUCAUAACGAGGCAGCACAAGGUGGUGGACUUCCUGCUGAGGGCAGGGGCAGACCCCGCCCUCGUGGACCGCGAUGGCCGGUCGGUCGUGCACCUGGCGGCCGCCCUGGGGGACGAGGUCGUGCUCCGCGUCCUGCUGACCCGCCUGGGAGAGCGUCACGCCCACCUGUUCAACACGGCCGACUACCACGGACUUUACCCUCUGCACUUGGCUGUGCGGAAGGGGGGCGACCGUUGUCUGAGGGUGCUAGUGCACGGCGGAGCCAAGAUCAACGGCGUCGACUUGAAGAGCGGCAGCACCGCCCUGCACUUCGCCGUGAGGGAGAACCUCCUCAGGGUGGCCUGCCUGCUCGUCUCAGAGCUGAAGGCGGAUGUGAACGCCCGCACAUUCGGGGGGAACACUCCGCUGCACCUGGCCGCCUGUCAGGGCUUGCCCACCUUCUGCUCCAUGCUCGUAGCCGCCGGAGCCCAAACGCACCUGGAGAACGAUGAGCCGCUCUUCCUCAGCUCCUCCUCUUCGUCGUCUUCUUCCGAGGGAGAGGAUGAGGGGGUGGAGGGAGAGACAGACGCGUGCCCGCCAGCAGGCCGUCGCACGGACCGCAGUCGCGUGGCGUCGCCCGGCUCUGAGCCAAUCGAAGCCCGCAGGGUGGGGCAUGGCCACACCCCCUUCGACCUGGCAAAGUCACAGAAGGUGAGAGACAAGCUGAACUGCAGACAGGUUCCUGCCCCGAGAAGCCCCACCCAGACCCCCAAGAAACAGGAGGAGGACGUGCCCCAGCUGGACGACGAGACCCUGGGUCAGCUGUGUGAGAUCCUCAGCCAGCAGGGCGUGUGCUGGAGACGGCUGGCGGAGGAGCUGGGCCUGCUCACGCUGGCGCACCUGUUCCAGGAGAGCGCGUCUCCCUGCAAGAGCCUGCUGGAGAACUACCAGUUCGGUGGGGGGCGUGUUGACGGGCUGGUGGAGGCACUGCAGUCACUCGGCCUGAAUGAAGGGGUGCAGCUGUUGAGUCAGAAAGAACUGAAAGACAAGACACAGACAACAGAUUGCACAGUGGACAGUGGCUUUGGCAGCCAGUCAAUAGAAGAACUGGCCAAGGGAAAAGGAGACAGAGAGGCGCAUUUUGGCCAGGUCGAGGCCCACCUUGCCUAACAGUCCCAUUUUCAUCUCAGCGAGGGAAGGAAUCGGGCACCAGCUCAGGCAGCCCCAGGAGGACUGGGUCCUUUUCAGAGAUCACAUGACGCCGCACAGCAGCAGCAGCCCCUCGCUCUCCCCUGCUGUGAAAGCUCGCAGUUUUGAGCUGUCAGAGAAUGGGACUGAGGAUUUUGCGUUGCCAUAGCAGCGAUUGCCGUAGAUACCAGAUGACAUUGUUAGGGUAUGGCUGAAGUCUGUGACAUUUUUAGAGAGACAGAGAUCGCUGAAGAGGAAAGAUCCAUUUGAACUGGCUGCUUGUUUCGAAUAAGCAUCUCCAGGGCUGCUCGGAACCAGAAAAAUGUUUGUUUGGGUAGGGUGGGGGAAGUGUAUAAACUGCAUAUUGAGAAUAUUGAGUGGGGGGCUGUGCUGGAAAUGGUGGGUAAACGUGUGUGCAUGCUAACUGAAUAUAUUAGGCGUAGAAGGUAGUACCUGCUGUCUUAUCACAGAAUUAAAACCAUCAAAAGGAUAGAAAAGACUUUUUGCAGUGCAGGCUAAUAUUACAGGCUAAUAAUAAUAACAUUAAUAAUAAUAAUAAUAAUAAUAAUAAUAUCAAUAACAAUAAUAAUAUGUUUAUAAUAAUAAGUAAAGCACGUUUAAGUACUUUCCUGAUGUACCUUAUAAUGUGCAAUAGUUAGCACAAAAUCAAAAUGAAGUGAAACAAAAAGUCAGAAUAGGUGAAAAAUAAUGGGCAAAACAAGAAUAAAAUACUUCUAAAAUAAGUACUAAUGCUUAUUUUCUAGCAAAUACUGUAAGGAGCAUAUGACAUAUAAGAUAGUUAUUUCAGUCCAUAGAGUUUCUUUGUCUUUUUAAAUAUUUUUUUAUUUUAUUUUUUGUUUUUUUUGUUUUUUGCAUUUAAAGUCCUAUUUGUGUUCAGAAUAUUUGUAUGUCCUGUUCCACUUUAUGUCCGCUGUUUCUCUGGAGCAUCUAGCAUUUUGCAUGUACAUUUUGUCUUAUUCUGGGCUUGUAUGGUGGCUCAUUGUGACCCCGUGAGAUAAAAUUAUCCGUUUUAAUAGUUAGAAAUAAAGAACCAAAGAAAACAAGUACUCUGAUAUUAAGAACUUGGCUUUUUGAGACCUUGA